UCUUACAAUAGAUCGGUUGUACUAGAUACGUUGUACGAGCUUCAAAUUUAAAAUCGCACAAAUACUUUGCAAAUUGAACAUUUCUAAAAACCGGAGUUGGAACACAUAAGAAAAUGGAUUCGAAUUCCGAAGUCGUGACAACGGUUCCUGAAGUUGAGCCAGCACAGUCGGCCAACACUAUGGAAGAGAACAAGGAAAGCCAAGCACCAAAGACAGUUGAGACUGUGACCAUUACGACAAAGGAAAAUGUCGAAAAGGACGAAGAUGAUGCUGAAACAAAAACCACAACGACUACAACGGUUAAACUUGCCAAAAAAGAAAACGGCGAAGAGACAACAACGACUACAACGACCACGACAGUGUCGGUGGAAGCUCCAAGUCCGGACGAUGCAGUUACCGUUACUGCCGAAUCUCAGGAAGUAGAAGUCGAACCAAAAACAGAAACAAAAGUAGAAACUGUUACGGAAACAUCUACGACGAAAGCCCCUGAACCCGAAGAUUCAGAUGCUCAAGUUGAAAAAGAAUCCAACACUGUUGCGGAGGCUAGCGUUGAGCCCAAAGAUGAGGACAAUGUUAGUGUAAAGGAGGACACGCAAGUUGAAAGUGAAGAAAUCGAAGAAGUGGAAGAAACGGAAUCAGAGGCAGAAGAAGACGAUGCUGAAGAUGAAGAAGAAGAAGCUGAAGAAAAGUCGAAUAUUUUAAUCGAUCAACCAUCAAAGGAACCGGUUGAGGUCAAACCGGAGAACCAGGAAUCCGUAUCUGUGACUUUGAAAGCUCCUAGCACAAAGACCACUGAUGCUGAGGCAAAGAUACCUGAUUCAGUUGACCAAGCAGAUGCACCAACGGAUAUCAAGAGUUUGACUAUUAAAAGAGAUUUCAACGAUCAAAUCCAAGAUAUCAUUUCUGAUAUUGAUGUUAAUAUAAAGGCUCAAGAAAAAAUUAGUAAACUGAAGGAGCAGGAGCUGCAGCUUAUUCAAAAGCAGCAAGAAUUGGCGAAUCAAAUUAGGCAACAACAGAUUUUGGCUCAACAGUUAAUUGCUCAAAACGAAUUAAAGCAACAGCAGUUAAAUGCCCAGCAGCAAUCGGUGUCCCAGGCAUACGAAGUCAAAGAAUCCACAAAUGUAUCGAAGGCAGUUGAUUUGCGCAAAAUAUUCACACCAGCCACCGAUGCACCUGAAAUAUUGCCGAAGAACCGAAAGCUAUAUGCCUCAUCGGCAUUUUAUUCCCCGUCACUGCAUCCUACUGUGGAAGAUCAGGUCGAACUGGCCCGCCGAAUAUCGCAUUCGUUGAGCGAUAUAAGUAACCAAAAGUCAAAGGGCCAAUCUAUGUUUGUCAAUCGAAAAAAACGCUCAGUCAAAUGGGUUCACGAAGGUUGUGCUCAAGAGGAUGAUAACGCCUUUGAGACUCACAGUUUGUAUAAAGAAAACUCAGAGGCAAGUAUGACACCGGAACUAACCAAGCUGGAAAAAAUGCCGUUAAAGCUAAUAAUGAAUCCAAGAGGCCAAAUGCGCGACUACAACUCACUCAAAGAAUCGAUCAAUAUUGAAGCCGGCCUCUUAUCGCCCGACAAUUGCGCUGAGCUUAUCACUGCUCUUCAACUGCACAAGGGACGAGGAGCUGAAUUGUUUGCCAAGCGACGCAAAAAGGCCGAAAAUUGGGUAGUCGAUGAGACCAAUGCCGGCACUCACAGUCCAUCUGGUAUUCCAGAUUACCAGCAGUAUCAGCCGAGGCCGAUCUCUUCACCGAACAUUGUGCCCGCCUAUUCAGAUGCUGGCAAGCAUCGGGUGCAAUUGAAUAUUCACCAAGAUCAGCUGAUUGAAAAGUAUUCAAAGCCGGGAUUGCAGGUAGUUAAAUCACCCUGGGAGGCAGCUCUUCAGACUGGCUCUGCAAGCUCUGCUUUUCAGGAGGAAACUAGAUACCGUAGUCAGACGCCCAUUGUGUCGGCGGCAUCCCCAUCCAACUACGAUCGGGAGGACUUCUCCUACUCGGGGUCAAACCGCCCGUUUCUGCCUCCACCAUCGGCACCCGUUCAGCAGGAAGUGCCCUAUAAUAAGCCAUCGGUACCAACUCCGGUAAACCCUCAAAGGGAGCUUGCUUACAAGCCGAGCGUGGCCCAGGGAUGGGGUGGACGUAAUGUUGAGCUGCCAAGAGAAUAUAGCGAAUACUUUGAGCCUGUGUCAUCUGGGGAGGAAGAUAGCAAUGUCGUUAGGGGGGAUAUGCGGAGGAGCUCUGAUUGUGCUCGAAUGGAUCGUUGGUAUAAUCCAUCUCCCGAUUUUACAAUGGACGUGCAGAACCGAUUGCAUCAGCUGGAACAGUUCCAACAAUACUUUCUGGAGCAGCAAAAGCGUGAGCUUGAGAUUCUCAAACUGCGGGACAAUAUGCGUCUUUGGCGCUCACAAGCUCAUAGGAAACCAAAGGGUUUGGAUACCACUAUAAAAGCUACACCGAAAGUCAUAAACCAAGAGAUCCGAGCGGAGGUCGUGGACAAAGAGCAGCAAGUAAACGUAAGGGAAUUGAUAUCGUCGUUUGAGCAACAAUCUCUAAGAGAAUAUGAAGAAUCCCUGCAAUAUGUAAACCGGCAUUCACACCCCCUUCAAGCAGAUAGAAUCGUUGAGAACCACGCGAAUAUGGACGCAGAUGUUGAGGUUGAAGAACUGUUGGCAAAUUCGAAAACAAAUGAAGGUCUAUAUGUACCCAAGGAGAUCUCGUUGGCAAGCUAUGUUCCUCCUCCAAAUCAGUACCAAGCACCGGGUCAAUCGCACUAUCAACCAGCCCAUCCAGGAGUGGGACAUACUAGCAACGAUGGAGUCAGUGGGUGCAGCAGCUACGGAUCACGAUUUGCACCUGCCAACGAAGGCUCCGCCUCAUUCGGUGCUGGGUGCAGCGGUGCGUUCCCAUUAUCCAGGCCAACUUCCGGAUUUAACACAUCGUCUAUGACCCCAGCAGGUGUUCCUAGACAGCAGUUUAACGCACCGUCCAGCUAUCAAAAAAUACCACAAGGAUCGUCACAGUCUGCAGCACCGGUUAACUUCAAUCCAUCGCCGCUUUCAUUUGACAAAUUAUCUAAAUUCGAGCAGCCCGAUCAGUACCAGGGUAACUCUUACGGAUCGCCGUCUCCGCAUCCACAACAACAACGUUAUCUGAAUGCUCGCUACGGGUCCAAUGUGCGCAAUACUUCGCCCUCUCCCUUCGGAUUGGGUGCUUCCUCUCCCGUGGAUCCUGUGUUGUCUUCGCCCAUUUCAACACCCAACUUAGGUCAACAACAGUCCUUGAACAAAUACGCACCUUAUCGGCCAGCACCAGCUCAGAACCAAAGCUUCAACAAUUGCGCUCGCGGCUGGGGCUCGGGUUUGGGUUCCGCCAGGCAGGGUGCUCCUGUUCCAAGAGGCACAAUAGCAUCAGCUGGUAACUUACCGUACUCAGACUUUUAAAUUAUAAUUGGAGUUGAAGUUAAUCGACACAACGGUUUACGACAUGUGUAGAAUACUCGUAUCAUAUAUAUAUUGCGUUUGUUUAUUUGCGUCUUUGAAACAAUAAUGAUAUUAAAAAAAAUUGAAAACAUCAAAA